UCAUUUGCCACAGACAAUCGGACCGAGUCGGGUUGAAUUUGCCGCCAUCUUCUUCUAGGCCCCAAAGCAUUUCGAAUCUCUUCCUACGCCAAUGGCGACGGUGACGAAACUGAACCUGAAGGCGGAGACCGGCGACUGUCAGCGCCUUGAGGCGGAGCAGAGUGAAGCUCCGGCGGAAAUUAGCGAUUCUAGAACAAAAAGAGUAGUUGAAUUAGGAAAUGGAAGCGAAGUAAUAUACAUACCUAGGUUCCUAAAUUACGAUCAGUCAUGGGAUUAUUUAGAAUACCUUAACAAAAAUAUACCAUGGAAUCGUCCAACGAUUCGCGUCUUCGGUCGAUCUUGUGUCCAGGGGGCGAAUCUUAGGGAAGUUGACAAGUGCAUGUGGUUCAAUCUGUUCUCCGGAUGUGAUCCCUACACUGUUAUGCUGACUGCUAUGCGUAUUCCCAGAGACACUUGUUACGUGGCAAGUGAAGGAUUACCACAACUAGUUUACAGUGGAUACCAGCCUCAUGCAUAUUCUUGGGAUGAAUUUCCUCCGCUUAAGGAUAUUCUCGAUGCUGUCCAUAAAGCUCUUCCAGGAAGUCGUUUCAACAGCUUAUUACUGAAUAGGUACAAGGGAGGCGAUGACUAUGUAGGUUGGCAUGCUGAUGAUGAGAAACUUUAUGGACCAACUCCAGAAAUUGCUUCUCUUUCCUUUGGAUGUGAACGUGAAUUCUUGCUGAAAAAGAAACCAGAUAAAACAUCCCGAGGUAAAAACACCAGUGGUGAACCUCCCAGAAAGCGAUUGAAGAAGGAUGCCUUUCCAGACAAACACUCGUUUGUCCUAAAACAUGGUUCAUUGCUGGUAAUGAGAGGUUAUACUCAACGGGAUUGGCUUCAUUCAGUGCCUAAACGUGUAAAGGCAGAUUCAUUACGCAUUAAUCUCACCUUCAGACUUGUUCUUUGAACAAUCAAUGACACUAUCAAUGCAUUUCUUUCAUUGUUUAUACCUGGAGGUUGGAAAUCUUAUGCAGUGCUGUUAGCAACAAAAGGAAUGCGAUUUUGAGCCUGUGCUUGAUGAAAAUUACUAGUACUAGAUAUUGGUUUUUUCUUAUACUAAUGAGGAAUGCGUUUGAUGCAGCAAUUUACUCAUGCUCAGAUAAUGCACUGUGAAGGUACGUUUCUAUCCUAUGAACUAUGAAGGUACGUUUCUGAAAAUUAAUAACUACUUAUAAAGAUUCAACAUUUAUUUAAA